UUGGAGUUGGGGAAAAGUAGGACCCCUCCCCACAAACAUACCAACUCAUUUCUAAGGAUUCGGUUUCUACCAUUUCUGAGAACUGCUUGAGGCCGAGUGAACGUGGUUUUGAAAGAUUGUUUAAACGAAGAAUGGAGGCCAGAGUGAUGCCUGAAGUGCAGAAAAGGCAAGUGUUUUUUCUUUUUGUAUUUCUGGGAAUGUCUUGGGCUGGCACAGAACCGCUUCGGUAUUUUGUGGCAGAGGAAACGGAGAGAGAGACCUUUCUGGCCAACCUAGCAAAUGAUCUGGGGUUGGGGGUGGGGGAACUGUCAGCUCGGGGAUCUAGAGUCAUUUCAGAUGAGAACAUACGAUUUUUACUAUUCAAGCCGCUUACUGGUGAUUUACUUCUAAAUGAGAAAUUAGACCGAGAGGAACUGUGUGGGCCCAGAGAGCCGUGUGUGCUACCUUUCCAGUUGUUACUUGAAAAGCCUUUUCAGAUUUUCCGUGCUGAACUAUGGGUCAGAGACAUCAACGAUCAUUCUCCAGUAUUUCUAGAUAGAGAGACUACCUUGAAAAUAUUAGAAAGUACCACUCCAGGGGCAACAUUUCUCCUAGAAAGUGCACAGGAUUCAGAUGUUGGAAUCAACAACCUGAGAAACUACACCAUCAGCUCCAAUGCCUAUUUCCAUAUUAAUGUCCGUGAUAGUGGGGAGGGGAAUGUUUAUCCUGAAUUGGUCCUGGAUGCAGUGCUGGAUCGUGAAAAGGUUUCUGAGCUCAAUUUAACCCUCACAGCCUUGGACGGCGGGUCUCCGCCCAGAUCCGGGACUGCCCUCAUACGCAUCCUGGUUUUGGACAUAAAUGAUAACAUCCCUGAAUUUGUACAGUCCCUCUACAAGGUGCAGGUGCCUGAAGACAGCCCUGUUGGCUCCCUGGUUGUCGCUGUGUCAGCUAGAGAUUUAGAUACCGGAACUAAUGGAGAAAUAGUCUAUGCAUUUUUUUAUGCCACUGAAGUAAUUCUCAAAACAUUUCGAAUCAAUUCAACAUCUGGCAAGCUUUAUCUUAAAGCCGAAUUGAACUACGAGGCAAUACAAACUUAUACAUUAACUAUUCAGGCCAAAGAUGGCGGAGGGCUUUCUGGAAAAUGUACAGUGGUGGUCCAUGUAACAGAUAUAAAUGAUAAUCCACCGGAACUGCUUAUGUCAUCACUUACCAGCCCAAUUGCAGAAAACUCACCUGAGACAGUAGUAGCUGUUUUUAGGAUUAGAGACAGAGAUUCAGGGAACAAUGCAAAGAUGGUGUGCUCCAUCCAAGACCAUCUCCCCUUCCUCCUGAAGCCUUCAGUACAGAAUUUCUACACCCUGGUAACAGAGAGACCCCUGGACAGAGAGAGCCAGGCCGAGUACAACAUCACCAUCACCGUCACCGACUUGGGGACCCCCAGGCUGAAAACGCAGCACAACAUAACCGUGACGGUCUCCGACGUCAACGACAACGCCCCCGCCUUCAGCCAAACCACCUACACCCUGCGCGUCCGCGAGAACAACAGCCCCGCCCUGCACAUCGGCAGCGUGAGCGCCACGGACAGGGACUCCGGCGCCAACGCCCAGGUCACCUACUCGCUGCUGCCGCCCGCGGACCCGCAGCUGCCCCUGGCCUCCCUGGUGUCCAUCAACGCGGACAACGGGCAGCUGUUCGCGCUCAGGUCCCUGGAUUACGAGGCGCUGCAGGCGUUCGAGUUCGGCGUGCGCGCGGCCGACCGCGGCUCGCCCGCGCUCAGCAGCCAGGCGCGGGUGCGCGUGCUGGUGCUGGACGACAACGACAACGCGCCCUUCGUGCUGUACCCGCCGCAGAACGGCUCUGCGCCCUGCACCGAGCUGGUGCCCAGGGCGGCCGAGGCGGGCUACCUGGUGACCAAGGUGGUGGCGGUGGACGGCGACUCGGGCCAGAACGCCUGGCUGUCGUACCAGCUGCUCAAGGCCACGGAGCCCGGGCUGUUCGGCGUGUGGGCGCACAACGGCGAGGUGCGCACGGCGCGGCUGCUGAGCGAGCGCGACGCCGUCAAGCACAGGCUGGUGGUGCUGGUCAAGGACAAUGGCGAGCCGCCGCGCUCGGCCAGCGUCACGCUGCACGUGCUGCUGGUGGACGGCUUCUCGCAGCCCUACCUGCCACUCCCGGAGGUGGCGGCGGCCGAGGCGCGGGCAGACCCGCUCACCGUCUACUUGGUCGUCGCCUUGGCGUCCGUGUCGUCGCUCUUCCUGUUCUCGGUGCUGGUGUUCGUGGCGGUGCGGCUGUGCAGGCGGAGCCGGGCGGCGUCUGCGGGUCGCUGCUUGGGGCCUGAGGGCCACUUUCCGGGCCACCUGGUGGACGUCAGCGGCGCGGGGACGCUGUCCCAGAGUUACCAGUAUGAGGUGUGUCUUCGGGGAGGCUCGGGGACCAGUGAGUUCAAGUUCCUCAAGCCCAUUAUCCCUAAUCUGCAGUUUCAAAGUACAAGAAGGGAAGUGGAAGAAUAUCCCUCAUUUCAGAAUGAUUUGGGUUUCUGAUAAGGGAUGGAACAUAAAUGUCCAUAUUGUGUCUGUAAAUAUUUUUCUAUUGUGAAAUUCGUCCUGAGUUACCUGUAGAGGAGUGCUUUAAUAUUAUUUAAAGUCAGGGUAAAUUUCUUUACAGAGAAACGGAUCCAGCUUUAGCCCUAGGAAACUUCCACAAAGCAUGUAAUGUAUAUGUGUUAUAUUUUAUCUCAAACAAUUGUGCAUUUUUUGCAGCCUAU